AUGUAUUUUUGCACAAGAGGAGAUAUGCCUCAGCAGCAUGUGGACAACACGUACACUAACCACUUCAACGUCGAGCGCGAACAAGUUAGUGGAGUUAAUCAGAUUCGUCCCCCCCACUGCGCCGACCGCUUUAAUCGUCCUUUCGAGGAUUACACGCAUAGCCAGCGAUACCUCGUAGGGGGAAACACAUCCCAUUUUAAAAGAACAAAUCUUCCUCAACACAACUCCUCCUACCUAAAUGCAAAUAACUCACGGGAAAAUAAUUCUCCAAAGAUGGGACAAAAGAACGCAAAAACAAACAACGAAGGAAUUUUUCAUCUUAAUAACGAUGCAUAUAAUGGCAGGUACAGUAACCUCACCUACAAUCAUGCCAGUGAUAUGAACCCUAGAAAUUACAAUUUUAACAAUAUUAAAAUUGUGGAGGAUGAUGAAAAUUACAGUUCAAGCAUAAAUCCUGCAAGCAAUAUUUCAGGAGGCAAAAUGGGAAGCCAUCCUAACGGCCACGUGCUAGAUCAUCGAAUGUUUCAACUCAAAAAGGACGAUGUGAAUCCAGACCACGCAAGGUCCCACCAGGACUACGCCAGAGUCAACCGGGACAAUUGGGCACCCGGGCCCUACCACCACCACAUGUUCAAUAAUGAUAUGGGCUUCCUAACCCCAAAUAGGGUUAGCAACAACCUGGAGACGCAAAGUCCAAAUAUAAAUAUGAACCCAGGUACCCUUCACCCUCAUCAGUACAAACAUAACAACCAAAUGUUAGAAGAUAAAUAUGACCAGCUCAAGAACAAAUGGGAACCCCCCAACAGUUAUCCUUACGGAAACACAGCUCCUCCGAUUGCACCUCCCAUCUCUUCACCAGUAGGGGCCAAUCAAAAAAACAAAGCUGACCUAUAUGACAACGUAGGGAAGACAAAUUCUCCUCCUUAUGGAACACAAUUUAACAUGAACGCACUCUAUAAUAACUUUAAGAAAAAUUCGAGCCAGUGGAAAGACAUGAAUGUACGUCCCUUCCCCAACAGGGAUAAUAUCAACUAUGAAAAAUAUGAAGGAGGAGGCAACUAUCACGAGAAUCACAUAGGCAAUCAACUGAACCCAUCCAUGUUUGGUAAACAUAAACCAUCAGGCAUUGACGACAUUAUUAAAAAGUACACAGGGAAGGAUAACCAGGAUGAUAAUUUCAAAUUCAAUUGGGGCCACGCAAAAAACCAAGUCACAGGGGGGGAAGUCUUCAAAGGAGCCAACAAGUAUAUAAACGACGCACAUGUGAGGAAUUACCUCCCGAGUGAGGACAGAACUGGCAACCACGCGAAUGCUAGCCCCAAUUACACUCCCCAGCAUAAUGUGUUGUAUGGCUUCAGUCAAAACGGGGGCUACCUUUCCAAGGCCGCCAACGCUUCUAACCAUGCCAACGCCGCUAACGCUGCUAACGCUGCUAACCCCAGCAACGGUAACAAUGUGGGCAAUGUCGCAAAUGGGGGGAGUGCCCCCCUGCUGUACCCCAACUGCUCCUCCCUAUGCAAUAAAGAAAAGGACGAGGAAGAAAAAAAAAGAGAAAAAAAAAUCAACCUAUUGAAAAACAUAAUCGUAACUAACCCUAACCCAAAGUACAAUUUUAGCUUCAGUGACGACCUGUACGAAAGUCUUCCUGCACACGACAAUAAUUACCUCAACACGAGUUCCCUUGCCGAUUUGAACCACAUGACAAAUGGGAACCAUGCACACCAGGGGCAGAACGACAUACUAGGGGAAGGCCUGCAAAACAGGGUAAGUGCGCACAACAAUGCGUACGAAGAUUUUAAUACACCCGAGAAGCUGAAUGAGACCCCCGGCAUAAUGAACAGGCACCACUUCAAAAGUGAUGUGGUUCCCGUUGACGAAGAUUUUUAUGGAGAGAGGUUCGGGGGGGACCGCUUCGGAGUGGAUCGCUUCGGCGGGGACCGCUUUGGAGUAGAAAAAUAUGGAGUGGACAAGCAGCCACAGGACAUGAGGCGCAACGAUGAGAACAGCCGCUACCAACAGCACAACGCGGAGCGAGAGGUCGCCCAGAACCCAUUCCCAAGAUUAGAACCAAAUAGAAAUUCCAUCCACGCAUUAAGAGAUAGAGAUAAAAACAGUAUAAAGCUGUAUGACGACAACUUCAAGCACAGAGGAGGCACCCCCCGCGGUGCAUUUACAAACAACACGAGACUUCACACCAUGACGGACUUACACCACAACCAGGAGAAUAAGCCUCCUCCGUUGAUAGACUUGGUGGAGAACAGGACUUCUAACUAUCUGGGUGAAAAAACUUUUGGAAGACAAAUCGACCAGUUGGACUACCUCAAGAAGUUCGAAAAUAACACUCACCAUGGCAGUGAAAAUGUGUUUAGACCGUCCGAAGGGGGUGGAAGGAACGAGUCGGAUAUUCGUUACCGUGUCGCUACGCAACAUGGAGGAGACGCCUUCUCAAACAUUAAUAGCAUGAACAUUUUCAAAACGCACGCGAAGAGUGGCGACAAUUACGAGGAGGGAUCUCUUUUCAAUAAGAACCCAAUAAACGAAGCGACGAAACAGACGAACAGGUACCUCCAGGAAGAUGUUACAAAACCGAGCAACAACCUUUUCAACAUGGAAAAUAUUUUCCAAUCGGACAAGAGAAAUGGUCUCCUAAAUGAAAUUAAUAAGUCCCCCUUUGUGAGGAAUGAGGGUCCUUCUCAUAUGCACAUGUUAGACCGAGACAGGAAUGCCCAGCUUGAUGGAUCCACUCGGCAAAAUAAAAACUUAACCUAUAAGGAUGAUAAAGACUUUAUCCGUCGCCCCUACUGUGACAAAAGUGCGAGGACUCUGUUUGAGCCCUACGACGAUCCAACGUUAAGGACCCGCCAGUACGCCCUAUCGGGUAACAACCGGGACGUCUUCAGAGAAGGCGAUAACAUGAGGAAUCACACCGAACACCGCCGAGAAGACGAACAUGUAGGAGCCAUCUGCAUAAACAAGAACGAUAACGAUAAUUUAUUUCCCAAGUCCAACUUCCAAUUCCUCAGUGAAAAGAAAAACUACACCAAUUUUGGUGAAGCCAACUGUCCAACAGGGAAAGUACCCAUCCGUGAUGAACCCACCAAGGAACCCAUAAAUAAUAAUUCACACUACAACCCACAAAGGAUGCUAAGCAAACCUACCAACCUUUUACAUACCAAUUACCAUUCUACUCUUAAGACGAACACGAUGAAUGACCAUCCCACCAGUGUUACUUCGAACCAGCAUUGGAUAGGAGGAGGGUUGCACAACUUCACGAAGCAACAAAACGAAACUUCCAUCACCACAAAGUACAACCACUUCACAAGGACAAAGUCUUACAUGGACUUGCAGAAUGAACAGGACGAAAACAAAAUGAAUGAGAAUAUUCUUAAACCAAUUAAUCACCCCCCAUGGAAGUAUGAGUCUACCCCAAAUGUAAUGGUGCCAACCUCAAACGUAAAUUUUUCCACAAAUUUCAACCAGGUAGGGAACGAUACUGAGGGAGCAAACCUAAUGACUCUCUUCAACAACGAUUCGAAGAAAAACAUGCAAAGUGGAAACAGAGAUUGUGAAAGUGGUGUUUUUAAUGCAGGUGGCAACUGGGGGGGAAACCACAAUAACGUGGGUACCACAGGCGCAAAGGCCUUUCUGGGAAUUCUCAACGAGCAACAAAACAGGUACUCCAAUUUGUUAAACACCAUGGGGAGGUACACCCCGAGGGAUGCCCUGGGCCGUGAUGGGAACAACCCCCUACCCAACUACACAAAUAAGAAACCCUUCAAUCCAAGCGGUGCGCACAACUUCAGCUUCGCCAAGCAGCCACUGCACAAACAACUCCCCCCGCUCCCCUUUAAACCCUUGGGGAAGCAGCCCAACGCAGAGGGGAUGGGCCAGACAAAAUUGAAGGCGCUCGAAGCUGUGGGGAGACCGAAGCUGGGCGAGGGCGUGAACAACCAGCUGAGUAGCAAUAACCACGUGUCAAGCAACCACUUGGGUAGAUUCAACCAUGGGCAUGUCCCCAACCAGCCGCACAACACCCCCAGCGGUAAUGGCAACCUGCUGAAGAACAGCAUAGCCCCGUUUAGGGAGAAAAACGCGUAUCUAGGCGGCCUGGCCGAACUCACUCCCUUCGAGAGAUACGGUGAUGGCAAGGACUUGCUGCACAGGAGGAGUGAGCUUUUCCACCACACAAACGAACCGAAGGAAUGCACGCUGAAAAGUGGAAACGUCAAAUUUAAUAGCUACCUUAGUAGCUACCCUGAUCAGAUCUACUUCCCUAAUGAGAAAAAUGCCCAGGACAGCGUGGCCCACAGAAGUGGAAUGAACAGGUAUAGCCUCGGGGACGCGGCGGACGGUUAUAUGGGGGGAGAACUACUAAGUGGAAAACUGCUUGGCGGAAAUCCCUUCCUCAACAGGGAGAAGGAAGACGCGUCAAACGAUAAAUACGCGCAUGAGAAGUACCCGAAUGAGACGUAUGCGAGCCGGGAAAAUCUCAACCUGAGCUUGCUGCCCACCGAGGGCGACAGGCCAAUUAGGAACUUCGCUUACAAUAAGGACAGACACAUAUCCCUCAGCAAUAACAUUUCAAUGCUGCUAGAAAGAAUAAGCAACAACUCAGAUAAAAAAACUUGCAUGAAUGAUUUUGUAAUGAAGAACAAAAGCAGCGACAUCUCCAACCUCUGCGUCAACACGGUGAACUACAACGACAACUUAACCAUUGACACACAGCAGUUUGUAAUUUCAGAUCACCAUGUGUGUAAUUUUGGCCUGUGGAAAUUAUAUAGGUGUAAAUUGAGACAUGAUAAGGCUUCCUUCCUUGUGAGCAUCGUCGAUUCGUUUUACCUGAACAGGGGGGAUAGCAAUGAUACCGUAGCCAAUAAUAUUUUGUUCCACAAAAGACUCAGGCACAUGAACAUUUUAUCUUAUGAAGGGAAAACAGCUGAUAAGAACAAAUUGUAUUUACUCUUUGAGCAUGUGCAUGGGAAUGUUUUGAAGUCUCAAAGUGCGCCCCUCGAGGAAAACAUCAUCGCGUCCUACGCAUACCAAAUUGUGGACCUGCUCGAGUAUAUGCAUGCCAACUUUAUCUUCUUUCACGGCCUCCUCUCCAACAUAAUCAUCCUCCAGAAGAACACCCGGGAGGAGCUCCUGCAAAUCCUACACGAAAGAAAAAAAAACGUGAACAAGUACUUUGACGUCUACAAGCACGGAAUCGUUAAGGUCUUCAACUUUGACUUUGCCAACAUGGAUGCAACCGAGAAGGACUAUCAGUUUGACUUCCUUUGCCUCGCCGUCCUCAUAUAUGAAAUGUGUACCAAAUACAACACCUAUUAUUCAAGCAAAUUUGAAGACAUAACCGAACGGAUAUAUAACACCGACUUUUUCUUCCCGCACUUUGUUUCCUUCGAGUUGAAGAACUUUUGUUACGAACUGUGCUCGAAAAGAAGACACUGCUUUAGUGACCUCAAGAAUCAUGCGUGGUUUCAAAAAAAUUUGAAUUUUUAA